AUGUCGGGUUACCAGCCGGGAGGCGGGGUACCUGGCGACGAGUCACAAGUAGGGUUACCACUGUCGCAAGGAGGCCCGCAGCGGGGAUUUGUGCGACCACAGCGUGCGACCGGUAACCAUCGCAGAGCGAUGUCGUUCAGCGGUGGCCAGGCGUCGAGCUCCAUAGAAUUUUCCCCAGAAGCAUUUUCCCGCGAAGGGCCGUUAGUUGCCGGCAGCAGGUCCCCCCAAGGACCUGUUGCGCCGGGCCCGCGCCCCGCUGCUGUGCGUGUGCCCGCAAUGCGCGGGGCAGCGGUCGGGGGAAGGGGGAGCUCCGCCGCAGCUUCCGCGAUUUCCUAUGGCGGCGCUAAAGUUGCGGACGAAGGGGAGGAGGAGGAGGGCGAGGACGAAUACGAGGAGGAAGAGAGUCCGCAGCGGGUGGGGCGGCAGGACUCGGUCCGAAGCUCAAUCUCCGAUACCAGCGCCGACCGCGUGGGCGGAAGGGGCGGGUUACGGCCGCAGCGAAUGAAGAACGGACCGGACGGGGGGAGCGCAUCCUUGCGCAUGCCCCCGCGGCCCCCCGGCGCGAACCCCGCGCCGUAUGCGGGGGCGAACCCGCCCGUCGACAGCCCGAUGGCCCGCCAGCAGCACCGGCGAGGCGCGUCGUUCGACUCGCGCGUGAUUACGGAGUCGUUGAGUGGUCCCCCCUCGUUCCCCUCCCCUUCCUCCUCCUCAGGCGCGGCUCCUUCAGGAGGUCCCUCUUCCCCGCAUGUGCUUUCGCAGUCGCGCGCGGCGAAUCUGUCCCGCGCGCCGGUCUCCGGUGGUGCGCCGACCAGGGAUCCGCGCGCCUCAGCGGGGAUCAGCGGCCUUGCGGGGAAUGCGGGACGCGCCAGCGGUGGCGAUGGUAACGUCGCGGUUAGCAGCGGUGCUAGUAACGCUGGAAGCGGUGCUGGAUUCAACGCGAAUAGCGGAGGCGGUGGCUUCAUGAGGGGUCCGGCCGGGUCGCAGGCAGGGUCGCAGGCUGGGUCGCAAUCAGGGGCGCAAGCUGGGUCGCAGGCUAGGUCGCAUGGGUCGCAGGCGGGGUCGCAAGCUGGGUCGCGGCCGUGGCACCGUCGCUCGCUGUCGACGCCCGUGGAAGAAUUCGCGCCGCAACUAUCCUCCCCCACCACCAGGCCGGUUCCGCCUGGCAGAGGGGGAGCAGGGGGUUUGGGGGGGUUGGGGGGAGUCGGGCGAGUAGGGGGAGGGCCAGGCCCCGCGAUAUCCAGUCGAUCUCCGCCCCAGGCGCCCAGCUCUGGUAUGGGCGUGGGCAUGGGCAUGGGCAUGGGCAUGGGCACGGGCAUGGGCAUGGGCAUGGGCAGAUUGGAUGCGCGGGCAGCAGCAGGAGCACGGGGGGAAACUCGCGACAGCAGCAACGCGAGUUUCAGCGGGAGCGACGAGGACGAGAGCGAGGGGGAGGAUAGCAGUGAGCCGGUAGCAGUUCCAGCAAGGGUUGUGGGAAGGACCUCAGGCGCGAGCGGGGUUGGUCGAGGUGCCCCUGCUGCCCCUGCUGCACCUGCUGCUAUGGCGCCUGGCGCCGUUGGCAGCAGUGGCGUUCAAGGGCGGGGCUUGGAUGGGGCGUCAGCAGCGCGCGGAAGAGGGCGGGGCAGGGGCAUGGAGGGAAGAGGAGAGAUGGCGUUCCGGGGCGGCCGCGCGGGAAUGGGCGGAGUGGGGGGGAUGGGGGGACGGGGGCGCGGGCGCGCGCACCACCGCACGUUUUCUGAGUCCCAGAUGGGGUUUCUGCACACCACGGAUUUCAGCUCCAUGCAGGAGGACGCGGAAGGGGGACAGGCGGAGUGGGGUUCCGCCGCUGGCGCGCAGGGGGGUGGGGGAAUGCCAGGGGGGACGGGCGGAGGCAGGGGCGCGGCAGGGGGGAGAGUACUAGGGGGAGCACCGGGGAAAUCGCGGUUUCUGAGCGUGCAGGAGACGAGACGAGGGGAAGGUGCGCUUAGCAGGCUGGGAGGGGGUAUUGGAGGGAGCGUGAGGGAAGUGCGUGAUUAUAACGAGGGGUCGGAAUGGAUGGGCGGGGAUCCGAGACGGCCGGUGGCGUUAGCGGAAGGGAGUGGGGUGCGGAACGGUGGGGGGCGGGGAGCCAGGGCGGAGGAGUAUGGAAGAGAUGGAGGGGGCGGCGGUGAUGGUAGUAUGAGUGGUGCUGGUGGUGAUGAUUUUGAUGAGGAUGAUGAUGGGAUGAGAGACAGGGUAGAUGCUCUGUAUGAAGACCUGGAUAGGUUGAGACGGGGGGCAGGUGGGGGGAGGGAUGGGUGCGAGAGUGAGGAGGAAGCUGAGGAGGAGGAGGGGAGGGGAGCAGACGGGGAGAGAGGGCGGGAGUGGGAGCGCAGGAGAGGAGGGGGCAGCAGGGACGCGAGUCCCGGUAGCUUGCGGUCGCGAGGCAGUGAGAGUGGAAGUGGGAGUGAUGGGGAGCACAGCAGAGUGAGCUUCAGUGGGAGCGAGGAGGGCGAGAGGGAGAGGCGCAAUAGCAGUGGCAAUGGCGUGCACAGGGAAGGGUCAGUGCCUGUGGCAAUGGCGGCAAGAGGAGCAGGGGGAGGGAGAGGUGGCGGGACGGCAGGAGGAAUGGGAAUGGGCAGCAGUGGGCGGGGAGGAAGCAUGGGGAGAGGGGUGGGAGGAGGGAGAGCAGGAGGAGUGGGAACAGGCAGUGGGAGCGGGGCUGCAGCAGCAGGUAUGGGUGGGGCGCCGAGCCUGGGUGGUAGGGGCGGGAGAGGUCCGGGCGUGGUUCGUGGCAUGGCUGGUGGCAUGGCGCGGGGCGGCAUGGGCGGCAGAGGGGGCAUGGGCGGGCGGCACAGGCGCACUAGCUCGGAGUCUCAGGCAGCAGCAGCUUUCUACAGCGCCCCUGGAGAUGACUUCUUCUGGAGCGGUGGGGGUGACACGGGUGCGCCCCCUGUGAGGCAGGGCGGGCCGCGGGCACUGGGGCAACCGGGGCAGGGGUCUGGGCAAGGGCAGCAGGGCGUGGGGUCUGGACGGAGUUUGCAGAGAGUCGGGGGAGAGGCGGGGAGGGGAGGAGGCGACGUGGGGAGGGGGAGGAUGCAGGGUGCAGGUGGGCGUGGUGGCGCUGCUGGUACUGGUGCCAGUGGGAGGGUUGCGGUUGGGCCAGGUGGGAGAGGGCAGGGUGGGGUGGGGAGAGGUGCAGGGAGUGUUGGCAGGGGUGGUGGCAGCUCUGUGAGAGCCCAGCAGCAGCAGCGACAGCAGAAGGGGCAGCCGGAGCAAGAGCAGGAGCAGGGGCAAGGGCAGUGGGGGGAGCAGGCGGAGGAGUGUGAGCCACCGGAGCUGUCUAGGGAGCUGACGUUCCGAGUGAACCUGGAGCAGCCGGUGAUUGAGAAAGAACCCGCACUGGAGCGCGAACUCACCUUCCGCAUGGGCGCCAGUUGA